AAAGCCCGGGAAGCUGCUGCGGGGGCGAUGGCUGCGCCGAGCCCGGGGCCCCGAGAGGUCCUGGCCCCCUCCCCUGAGGCCGGAUGCAGAGCAGUCACCUCCAGCCGCCGGGGGCUUCUCUGGCGCCUCCGAGACAAGCAGUCUCGCCUGGGCCUGUUUGAGAUCAGCCCGGGGCAUGAACUGCAUGGGAUGACGUGCAUGAUGCAGGCAGGGCUGUGGGCUGCCACCCAGGUCUCCAUGGACCACCCACCCACGGGGCCGCCCUCCCGGGACGAUUUCUCGGAGGUCCUAACCCAGGUUCAUGAGGGCUUCGAGCUGGGCACGCUGGCCGGCCCCGCCUUUGCCUGGCUGCGCCGCUCCCUGGGCCUGGCGGAGGAGGACUAUCAGGCUGCACUGGGCCCCGGCGGCCCCUACCUGCAGUUCCUUAGCACCUCCAAGAGCAAGGCCAGCUUCUUCCUGUCCCACGACCAGCGCUUCUUCCUGAAGACCCAGGGGCGCCGAGAGGUGCAGACUCUGCUCGCCCACCUGCCCCGCUACGUGCAGCACCUGCAGCGGCAUCCGCACUCGCUGCUGGCGCGGUUGCUGGGAGUGCACAGUCUGCGGGUGGACCGGGGAAAGAAGACGUACUUCAUCGUCAUGCAGAGCGUCUUCUACCCCGCCGGCCGCAUCUCCGAGAGGUAUGACAUCAAAGGCUGCGAAGUGAGCCGCUGGGUGGAUCCCGCCCCUGAGGGCAGCCCCCUUGUUCUGGUGCUGAAGGACCUCAACUUUCAGGGCAAGACCAUCAACCUGGGGCCCCAGCGGAGCUGGUUCCUCCGCCAGAUGGAACUGGAUACCACCUUCCUCCGGGAGCUCAACGUGCUGGAUUACAGCCUCCUGAUGGCCUUCCAAUGUCUCCACGAGGAUGAGAGGGGCCUGGGCAGCAGCCUCAUCUUCCGCAUGGCCAGGUCUGUGCAAGGGGCACAGAGCCCGGAAGAGUCGGGAGCCCAAAACCGCCGGCUGCUGCCCGACGUCCCCAACGCCCUACACAUCCUGGACGGGCCCGAGCAGCGCUAUUUCCUGGGCGUCGUGGAUCUCGCCACGGUCUACGGGCUCCGCAAGCGGCUGGAGCACCUGUGGAAGACACUGCGCUACCCGGGCCGGACCUUCUCCACUGUCAGCCCGGCUCGCUACGCCCGUCGCCUCUGCCAGUGGGUGGAGGCGCACACGGAGUGACGGGCGCCCGGCCCCAUUCUCCGGAUCUGUUCCCUGGGCCCGGGCAUCUCGCCUGCGCCUCCUCCUGAUCGUCGCCAGAGGGCAGCAUCCCCUAACUAAUACCGUAACCGCGCAGUCCUGUUUGACGGUGGUGCCGUGCCUAGCAUCAUGCCAAGGACUCCCCUACUUUAGCUCACUUAAUCCUCAAAAAAUGCUAUUAUUCUCUUUUUACAGACCAUGAAAUGGAGGCUCAGGGGGUGAAGGGACUGAUCAAGAUCAUUCAGCAAUAAAUGCUGGAACCAGGAUUCAACCAUGGC